GCGGAGAGAGGGUGAUCAAUCUCCUUUCGUCUGCAUUUAGAAAAUCUCUCUAAACUCUGACAGACAACGACAUGCCCCUUGAAACCAAAUGAGUGUGAUUUAUUUGGCUGUAAAAACGCGCGAAGGCGUACCGAGGACGCACUGACGGGCCACCUUUAAGACGCUUUUUUCCGUCCGUGAUGCAGUUCGCUUUACGCACUAGUUUCUGAGCGAAUCUGCAGUUGCUCCACUUCGUGCCCUGCAGACUUCCUACUGCUGGAUAAUUUCACAGCCGCUUGGGAGUUCGGGAGAGGACGGGAAUCUGCAGUAUUUGGAUCAGCCUCUUGUCCCGUCAAGCUGCAGCAUCGGGGGAAAGCGCACCACUGGCCUGAGCUGGAGCUGGGUGGAGCAGUGACCGCCUGUAGCAUGAUGUCCUACCUCAAACAGCCCCCCUAUGGCGUCAACGGCCUGGGGCUGAGCGGCGCAGCCAUGGACUUGCUGCACCCUUCCGUGGGAUAUCCAGCGACGCCCAGAAAGCAGCGGAGGGAGCGCACAACUUUCACCCGCUCUCAGCUCGAUGUUCUGGAAGCGCUCUUCGCAAAAACCCGCUAUCCGGAUAUUUUCAUGAGGGAAGAGGUGGCACUGAAGAUUAACCUGCCCGAAUCGAGAGUUCAGGUGUGGUUCAAAAACCGUAGGGCCAAAUGUCGGCAGCAGCAGCAGAGUGGCAGCAGUGCCAAAGCCAGGCCUCCAAAAAAGAAGUCCUCUCCGGCCCGAGAGAGCACAGGCUCAGAGAGCAGCGGUCAGUUCACCCCUCCUGCUGUGUCCAGCGCCGGCUCCUCCUCUUCGUCCUCCACGAACCACAGCGGGCCGGCCCUGAGCACCUCCACUUCCAUCAGCACUGUGUCCUCCAUCUGGAGCCCUGCCAUCUCCCCCGGUAACGCCCCUGCCCCAGCUGUGGCCCCCCUGCCCGAGCCCGGACCUCCCUCCAACGCCUCCUGUAUGCAGCGCUCUAUGUCGGGCUCUGCCACCGCCGCCACCUCAUACCCCAUGUCCUACAACCAGACGCCGGGCUACGGCCAGGGCUACCCCCCCUCCAGCUCCUACUUUAGCAGCGUGGACUGCAGUUCAUACCUGGCCCCCAUGCACUCACAUCACCACCCGCACCAGCUCAGCCCCAUGACGGCCUCGUCCAUGUCGGGACACCCCCAUCACCACAUCAGCCAGUCCUCAGGGCACCAUCACCAUCAUCACCACCAGGCCUACGGGGGCUCGGGGCUGGCCUUCAACUCCUCUGACUGCCUGGAUUACAAAGAGCAGAGCGCCGCCUCCUCGUGGAAGCUCAACUUUAAUGCCACAGACUGCUUGGACUACAAGGACCAGGCCUCCUGGAGGUUCCAAGUCUUAUGAUGGGCUUUUUCUCACUGUUGUUGACCUUUUCCCCUGCAGCACUGGACAAGUUUUUAAAGACAAAAACACCCUGACUGCACAGCACCACUGGACGUUUGAUUUGACCUGUUCUGUUAGUACAAUGAAGUCGCUUAAAUCUGAGGCUCAGAGUGAGAUGUGUCUCUGAAGCAGCACAUUCAGGAGGAGCCUGACAAACCAAACUUUAGUCCAGACCAAACGCUCCAGGGACAGUUGGAAUAUUUCCUCUGCUGCACCACAGGAACUGCCUGCAGUGUGCCCUCUUUACCUCCAGCCCAAUCAAAUCCUGUAUAGUUUUUAUUUCUCAAAUUUGUUAUUUUAGGAUGACAGAGUUUUUAGUCAGCUACUUCAUGCAGCUGAAAUAUGUAAAUAUGUAUUUGGGUCAGUUACAAUGACCAUGCUUAGUUGGUGUUUCCAAAUUUGAAAUUGCUUAUUACCACUUUGGGAGAAAAAGAAAGUAAAAAAAAAAUAACAUUGUAUGUAAAUCUGUCUGAUUAUUCCAAAGAGAACAAAUUGGCCAACUUUUAUAUCAAUACUGUUUUAUUAACAAAUUAAAAUGUCUGAAAUACUGAAACCAAAUCAUUGUAUGCUUGAUUUGGCAUUCAUCUUUAAUUGAAAGUUUUAGGCCACUUCAUUCUCCACGUAGGCCUCCCCUCUGGCCAUUGUCUGCUAUCUGACAUGUUUUGAACACAGCACUUGGCUUGAUAUUGGAGUCAAAGCAUUUUUGAGGGGAAAUGGAUUUCUAGUCCCAAAAUGACAGUGAGAUGUUGAAUGUAACAUUAACAAGACCACUUUUACAUACAUGUUCAUCCAAUAAAGAUCUGUUAAGUCCCAGUUAUUAACCACAUUUUAUUUUUGUUUUUGCACCAAAUACGCAUCAACCUUGUACACACACACA